UGUUCACUUGCUGUCAAUUUCGACUUGGGGGUGUGUAGUGCAUUUGAACAGAGAAAAAAUACUGUGAUGUCUUCGAAAGCAGAUAACGAGAAACAAAAACUUAUUCAAGAUAAGUGCCAGAUAAUCUUAGGUAAUUUAUUACGCGAAGAAGAUAAUAAAUAUUGUGUUGACUGUGAUGCUAAAGGUCCUAGAUGGGCUUCAUGGAAUCUUGGAAUAUUUUUAUGCAUAAGGUGUGCUGGUAUACAUCGAAAUUUGGGUGUUCACAUAUCAAAAGUAAAAUCUGUAAAUCUUGACACAUGGACUCCAGAACAAGUGGCAUAUCUUCAACAAAUGGGCAACAGUCAAGCUCGUGCUGUUUAUGAAGCAAAUUUGCCUGAAAGUUUUCGGAGACCACAAACCGACUCAUCAUUAGAGGCCUUUAUUAGAGCAAAAUAUGAACAAAAAAAGUACAUUGCUAAAGAAUGGGUUCCACCUCCAGCUCCUAAACCUGCGUUUGAUAUUGAAGAAGAGAAAAGAAAAGAAAGAGAAAAGAAGAAGAAGACCAAGGUUUCCAAUGUUAUAGAAAUACCUACUUUGCCUCAACAUCCUGCUGCACUGCCUCGUCCACACAGUACUGGGCCUCAUAGUCCUGUUGCUAAGCCAGUUCAAGUAGAAUCAGCUAAGCCUAAUGCAGAACAAGUGCCUGAAUCAACGGAUUUGUUAAACCUGGGAGGCAGUGUUGCAGAUGAUAGCAUUUUUGAUACAUUCCUUAGUGCUCCAGUAGCUUCUCCAGCUGAUAAGACAAACACUACACAAACAAAUUUUAAUGAUAGUGGAAAUGGAGCUGGCUCAAUAUCUGCUGAAGAAGCAGACUUUUUUAAUCAAGCUGCAAAUGUGGAUAACCGGUCUAACAAGAUGACAAAAGAAUCUAUUCUUUCUUUGUAUGGUUCAAGCUCCUGUCAAAUGCCUGCCACUCAACAUAUUACUCCAGUGUAUGGAGUACCAGGUGGAAUGUAUAUGAAUCCACAAGCAUUUUCCCAAGUUGGCAUGAAUGCAUAUCCUGGGAUCCCAACUCAAGGGAGUGGAGUUAGCAUAACUGGUGUAUAUAACCCAUUUGCUUCUCUUGGUCCUACUAUAAGACCAGAUGCAAGGCAUCAACCUAACAUGUGGAUUGGUGUACCCACUAGUGGUAGAGAUGAAUCUUUAAUAAUGGCUCAUGGCUUGGGACAGGUUUCUCAACAAAUGGCUAAUCUACAACUUUCUGGUCAAACGUGGAAUAUGGGUCUAAAUUCUGCAGCAAUGAAUGCUUCUGGAUUAAUGAUUGGGGCAAGUCAAACUCCAGGUGGAGUAGUAUGGCCUGCUGCUCCUAAUAGUCAAAAUCUUCAAAACCAACAAAAUCAAGGUGUUCCAAAGAAUCAUUGGCCAUAGUUAUAGAACAUUAUUUAUUAAAUUGUUAGAGUAUGGGGAAAAUAU